AUGGUCGAAUAAUAACAAAAAAGUAAUUAAAUGUAUAAAGAUUUUAUUUCUGGACUUCUGGCAGGAUUUGUUUCAGUUACUGUUUGUGCUCCUUUAGAUGUAGCUAGAUGUAGGUUUAAUAUUAUGUAUUCUUAAGGUACUGAAAUUAGAUAUAAAGGAUUGAUAGAUUUUUUAAAAAGGUUAAAAAUGGAAGAAGGGGUUAGAGGAUUUUAUAAGGGUUAUAAUGCAACAGUUUUUAGUAUUCCAUUAUUUCAUUCAUUAUUUUUUACUAUUUAUAAUAAAAUGAAGCCUAUAAUAAACUAAAAUUUCAAUUAUUUAAGUAUGCAUGUAUAACAUAUAAUAUCUUCAUCUAUGACAGGUUUGAUAUGUGAUGUUAUAACUAAUCCCUUAUGGAUAGUACGAACAAGAUUAAUGGUUUAACAUAUGCAUUCUAAUUAAAAUUUAUAUACUGGAGGAGUUUUCGAUACAUUAAUUAAAAUAUAUUAACAAGAAGGUUAUUAAGCUUUAUUUAAAGGAUUAGGAUCUUCAUUUAUAGGACUUACUCAUGUAGGAAUAUAUUUUCCUGUAUAUGAAUACUUAAAAGAAUAAUUAUAAACAUUUAAUGAUUAAAAUAAAACAAAAAUAAAUUCAUUUCAAAUAUUCAUAUCAUCUUUAAUUUCUAAAGCUUUAGCAUAAUGUAUUACUUAUCCACAUAUUGUUAUUAGAACUCUUUUAUAGGAUAAUAGAUAAAAUUAUUCCGAACUUAAGGUUAAAGAUAGAUUAAAAAUAAAGAAUAUUGUGAGAGAAUUUAUGUAGCUAAACUAGUUUAUAAAUUGCUACUAUUUAACUAUCUGUUUGUAGCAGUUCUGA